AUGCAACUAACACCAUUUAAGUGGAUAAGAUAUGAGAAGCCAUCCCCGUUUAAAAUGAAAAUUAAAACGGACCUCGAUGAAGAUUUUCGCAACAAUAUUAUUCUUCCACGAAGAGGACGGCGAGUUACAGUUGGUUUGAUGGAAGCUUGUCUCAAACCAUCACACACAGAAAAGAAACCAAUUUAUGCAUUGAAGUUGAAGCAUUUAAUAGAUAUUUGCAAUUCUGGUAGCGUAUCGGAAGACUGUCGACUCUUUUUUACUAAUUUGUUAGCUGAGAAGGCAUUCAGGAUGAAACUGUGUUGCAAGACGUUAAUGACCCUGAAGAAGAGAACUUUUUUUACAAUAAAUUGGACUUUUAAUGAAUUGGGUUCUGGGGCCGAUUUGUAG